CCUACAUUGGGAUUCCAUUGGCUGGGUAAGCCCUGAGCUUGGAGUCCUGAUUGGCUGAGGGGCCUGAGGCGACAGAUUCCGGAAAAGGGAACAGCAGCCAACAUGGCGGCGGAGCGCGGCGCGGGCCAGCAACAGUCGCAGGAGAUGAUGGAGGUUGACAGGCGAGUCGAAUCUGAGGAAUCGGGCGAUGAAGGAGGGAGGAAGCAGGGCAGCGGUAUCGUGGCCGCCCUCAGCGAGCACAGCCUGAAGGACGGAGAGGAGCGGGGCGCAGAGGACCCAGAAGGUACCAGGCCCAAAGGACAAGAGCUGCCUGUGGACAUGGACACCAUUAGCCUGGACAGAGAUGCAGAGGACGUCGACCUCAAUCACUACCGCAUCGGGAAAAUUGAAGGGUUCGAGGUUCUGAAGAAAGUGAAGACUCUCUGCCUCCGUCAAAACCUGAUCAAGUGCAUCGAGAACCUGGAGGAGCUGCACAGCCUCCGAGAGCUGGACCUCUACGACAACCAGAUUAAGAAGAUCGAGAACCUGGAUGCGCUGACAGAGCUCGAGGUCCUAGAUAUUUCUUUUAAUCUACUGAGAAACAUCGAAGGGGUUGACAAGUUGACACGACUAAAAAAACUCUUCUUGGUCAACAAUAAAAUCAAUAAAAUUGAGAACAUAAGCAACUUACACCAACUGCAGAUGCUGGAGCUGGGGUCCAACCGCAUCCGGGCAAUUGAAAAUAUCGACACAUUAACCAGUCUCGAGAGUUUAUUUUUGGGGAAAAACAAGAUCACUAAACUUCAGAACCUGGACGCCCUUUCGAACCUGACGGUCCUGAGCAUGCAGAGCAACCGGCUGACCAAGAUCGAGGGGCUGCAGGGCCUGGUCAACCUGCGGGAGCUGUACCUCAGCCACAACGGCAUCGAGGUCCUCGAGGGCCUGGAGAACAACAACAAACUCACGAUGUUGGAUAUUGCGUCAAACAGAAUCAAAAAGAUUGAAAAUGUCAGCCACCUAACAGAGCUGCAGGAAUUCUGGAUGAACGACAAUCUGCUGGAGAGCUGGAGCGACCUGGACGAGCUGAAGGGGGCGCGGAGCCUGGAGACAGUGUACCUGGAGCGCAACCCCCUGCAGCGCGACCCGCAGUACCGGCGCAAGGUCACACUGGCCCUGCCCUCCGUGCGGCAGAUCGACGCCACCUUCGUGCGCUUCUGACACGCCCGCCGCCCGGCCCCCCUUGGGAGAGCCUUCCGGCCACAGUUUUUUAAUCCGCCGUUGCUCCCGAAAGCAUCUCUAUAUCAACAGUCAAACCCAUGGCAAUAAAAAGGCACUGAGUGAGUGACAGCUGCCCGCGUGGUGCCCGCUCAGCACUGGGACGCCCUCGCCGCCCCGCCCCACCGUGCCCUGGCUCAUGGGUGACGUCACUGUCCCCCAGGCCGCGCCGCCACUGCCCGUUCCUGCUUUCUUCUCCGGAGCGAGGUCACCUCUGCCCGAGGAGGUGUCACAGUGGGUCAGCGCUCUCACCGGGCGGGCAUGGAGGGCGCCCAGGGGCCCCAAGGCCAGCCACCCAGGCCCAGGCCCCCAGGUCAGCGUCACCUGCCAGCACGCGCCUCGUCAUUCUGCCAGGAACGCGAACCCCGAGUCCCCCCUCGAGGCCUAUGUCGCGGCCUCCUGUCCUCACCGCCACCCCGUCGGCCUGUCUGUCAGCUUCACCUCAACAGUCACCAGGGUCCAAGUUUAGUCUACAAGGACCCUGUCAUCCCUCAGGGUCGCAGAUGUCCCUCUGCGGAGUGAGGACUGAUGUGGUCACCACAGGUCCCUCUGCUACUUAAAUCCUAGGGCUGCCCUGCCCACGAGAGGAGUCACUUGCUGCCACACGUGGCUGCUUCAGUUCAAACUUAAAUCCAUUAAAAUAAGGUGAAAUUAAA